CCUAUAUGGCUCUCGGAGACGGCGGUCCAUAAAUAGAUGCCGUCCGCCUCUCCUUCCUUGGGUUGCGCAAAAGGGGCUGGAAGUGGAGCUAGGAACGCGCACUGUGGGGUUUGUUAAAGAAAUCCAGUAGCAAAUGACCAUGGACGCUCCCGGGCUUUCUUCCAGAGGGUUGCUGACCUGUCUCCUGCCUCCCCUGCUGCUGUUCUGUAGCUGGUCAGGUGCCAAAGGUCAAGAUUUGGAAGUUCUGCAGCCCUCGGGACCCUUGUCUGUGUCAGCAGGAGAGACCCUCACUCUGACAUGUACAGUAAAUGGAGUUGGUCCACCAGGAGGCGUGAAAUGGCACAAGGGGUCGGACAGAAAGCAGCCCCCCAUUUACAGUGAAAGAGGAACACCUAUCUCCCGCGUGACCAGGGUUGCUCCUGGAUCACAAACAGACUUCAGCAUCCGCAUCAGCAACAUCCGACCUGAGGAUGCCGGAACCUAUUACUGUGUGAAGUACAGAGCAGCAACCCAAGACACAGAAUUUAAAUCGGGAGUGGGCACUGAGGUUUCCGUGAUUGCCACGCCAUCCCCGCCAUCUAUCAAGGGUCCCGCCAGCAGAGUGUUAUCUGGGACCUCAGCGACUUUCAGCUGCACCUCGGAUGGGUUCUCCCCCCGAGCCAUCAAAGUCACUUGGUUGAAAGACAACACCAGGAUCACGUCCCCAGGGCCCACCAUUCUGCCAGAAGGAGACAGCAUCUCCUACCAACUGCUGAGCACCGUGCAGGUGCCACUCACAAGAGACGAUGUGAAGUCUCAGCUCACCUGCCAGAUUGAACACGAGACCUUGCGGAGUCCCCUGCGGGAGUUUUUCCAACUUGGAGAUAUCCUACGAGUUCCACCCAGAGUGAAGCUGGAAGCCAACCCAGCCAACCCCGUCCUGCUGAACGAAUCGGUGACCUUCAGCUGCAGCGCGGAAGGGUUUUACCCAGAAGACACAACCUUGGCCUUGACUCUGAACAGCAGCCUGAGUGAAACAGGAACGGCUGAGCCCAUGGCCCAGAACGGGGAUGGCACAUUCACCCUCAGGAGCUCCCUGAAGCUGAAUGCCACAGAAGACAGGAACCAGUCUGCAUUUACUUGCCUGGUUACGCAAAACUCCCAGCCUGUAGCAGCUGAAACGUCAGUGCUGAACAUCAGGGUGCCGACUGAAGGAAGUGAAAGCGUCAGUAUGGAGCCAGAUGAGAAGAAAAUCUACAUCAUCAGUGCCGUGGUUUGCGCCCUCCUGGUGGUAUUGGUGGUGGCUAUCAUCUACUUCAUCCAAGCAAGACAUAACAAGGAUAAAGAGCCCACAUCUGUGAGGCUGCAUGAAUCUGAGAAGGCUUCUGGGGGAGCAAAUCAGGAGCCUGAUCCCAACAAUGUCACCUAUGCAGACUUGAACUUCGAAAAGGCAUCCAAGAAGAGCCCCCAGCAGGUGGUCGAGAUCAGCCAGCAGUCUGAAUACGCCAGCAUCCAGACUGUCCCGCCAGCGGCCAACGACGAGAACGUUACCUAUGCAGAUUUGGACAUGGUCCACCUAAGCAAAGCUCCCAAGAGACCCGCCCCUCAGCCGGAGGAAGCCAGCUCAGAAUACGCCAGCGUACAGGUUCGGGGCAAGUGAUCCCUGGCUGCCGCCGUCGGCUCUCUGUGGCUUGCCGGCCCUUUCGCGGGGUUGUCGGAGACCUCCCUUGCUGGGGUUGGAUCCUUGGCCUUGUCUCCAGACUGGGUCUCAACUGAGGAGCAGUGGGAUUUGCCUGCCAAGGAGCGGUUCCUGCAGUUUCUUUGAGUGGAACUUAAUGUACGUAGCCAAGGUCAAGGAGGAAACUAAUCGGUGCUACACACAAUUGCAUCCUGGUACUUGGGCUAGUUCAUGGCGCCUCUUCACCCCCUGGUUAUCAGGUGGAUGGGAGGGGCCUAGACCAACUAAGGAUCUAACACAGCUUAUAUCACUGGGACCAUAACUCUCUUCUUUUGAUUCAUCCAAACACAUCACACGGAGCAAGUGGCGAGUUGUCCCCUUUGAGGCAGGCGGACCAUUCUCUUCAGCUUUGGCCAGCUGAAGGCCUUCUCUCCACUUCCUUCUGGGACAACCAAAUCCUCUCAGAUGCCACCUUGAGAAGCUUUUUUUUCCCCCACUGGGACUGAACAAAACCCAAGUUGGCAGCCCCAGCUAGCUCUGUGGGGUGGGAAGAAGCAAGUGGACGCUACCCACGUCAAGACUUGGUGG